AAACACACUGUCGCAGCUUCGGCAACCCGGACAGCACUGUUCCAAGUGGAUAUACAAGUUUUCAUGAUGCUUAAAUCUAUCUUCCAUGUUCUGCGUCGGCAGGAGAGUCUCAAACCCGAUUCUCCCAUUCCCGCCAGAUGUUUCCAGUUCUGCAAUAAUGCGUUUCGGGAAGCACAGAUGCAGAGCAAAAACCCCCAACUCUGCGCUGAUGAUAGCGCCUUCGCCAGUUCUCUCGACAGCUGUCUGGGCUGCCUCGAUAGUCAGGCUAACGGGACCGCGAACUUCCCUCGAGAAUCGCUCACUCAAGAAUUUGUCGAAUAUAUGGAUUACUGCGGCUAUCCGGUGUUAUCAACACUGGUGUAUACAAGCGCCAAUGGCAAAGUUAUGACCGAGGUAGUCAUAGGUAAUCGGCCCCGCAACUCAACUACACAUGCUUCUACCACCACGAGCAGCAGUACCCGUACCACCCACAGUGGCACUACUAGCAUGACUUCAUCAACUAGCUCAACGUCGUCUAGUUUGCCGACGGGUACACCGGGUUCGCGAGAUACAGCGGUUUCUGAUGUCAGGACCGACACUCAAGCCAAGACGAUCGGGAUCGCUGUCGGCGUCACCGCGGCGGCAACGCUCCUUAUUGUGGUAGCUGCGGCAACCGUAUUCAUCAAGACUCGGUCCCGGAAGAGGAAGGAGACCGGCAAGGACACCGAGGCCGACAACAACAGCUUGGACAAGCCCAUGCUGCAUUCGGAUCAUAUUCCACGACCGAACCCGCAUGAAGUGGAGGGCUCGCCCGCGGCAGGCGAGCUCGGGGACUUCGUACCAUAUUGGCCGGCCGAACUGCCUGCAAGGGAAGUGGCUGCGCACGAAAUGCCCGACGAAACCCCGCGGCAGAAGUGAUGCGACGCUUAGUACGUAUGCCAGCUAUACAGUGGGCGGCAUGGACUUGUCAAAUUCUCUGGCUCGGCCGCCAUGUGUUGGACGCUACCCUACAGAGCCAAAAGAAUGGACACGGAAACACGGCCACAGCGACCUUGGUACUGGACAUAAAGCCUACGGCCUGAGCGAGGCCUUGACCUUGAUCCCCCCACUCGCCAUCAAGAGGUGCGGCCGAAGCGCCCACCCGCCGUCCGGCCCGCCCUGCGGCUCAAGGUCGUAGCGCGAGAACAGCAUGGCCGUGAGCUUGUACAGGGCCACGGUGGCCAGCUGCCGCCCGAGGCAGGCCCUGCUGCCGCCGCCCCACGCGAACGAGGCGACCUCCUCCAUCCUGCGCCGCCGGCGCUCGCUCCCCGCCCCGUCGGCGUCGUCGUCGUCG